GAGCUGUCAGCUUGUAGUUUUUGGAAGUCAGCAAAAAGUGUAAUGUCACUAGUUUUUCACUGGAGCGAGCUACGCGAACGUUUGCCUUCCGUACGUUAGCUGGCGUGCGAAUAAAUUACCACGGAAAGUAAAGUUAAUUCGCGUCUCAGGCAGUGCUAGAAUACGGUGCACAGGUCGAAGCCCUGUUCGCCAUUGAUUGAUUUAUUGAUCGAUCCGGUGCGUCGUGGAAAACUGUGCCUAGAAAAUUCCAACUGAAGGGUGGAGUGCAUAUUUUUUUUUUAUCGCUGGAUUCCAACUCGGGUAUUCUGUUCGGGUGGAAGUAAAGAAAAUUUCUCCUCCCUUUCAAGCGUAAAAAAGUGGUCUGUGUGUUGAGCUUGCUGGCUGGCAGUGAGAAGUGAAUGAAAAGUGCGAAUUGCCAAAUGGUACAGGAGUAGUGUCUCGUCAGAUCCCGUUGGAAUAUUGUCCGGUGUUUUUUUUUGUGUGUCACAGAGUUACCUCCGGGAGUGUAGGAAAGCGUCACGUUCAAUUGUCCGGCAAGUUGGGAAUCGAAAGAAGGUGUAUUCCGGGAGCGUUUGUUUGCAUAGUUUCAGCCAGGGCGAGCUUCACUUGAAGGAGUUGUUGCUGCAAUCAAACUAAACGGAAGAGUGAAAAUUCAACAUCGACAAUGUCGUCAUCCGGCGAUUUCGGAAAUCCGCUACGGAAGUUUAAAUUAGUCUUUCUGGGUGAACAAAGCGUUGGGAAAACUUCGCUCAUCACCCGGUUUAUGUACGACAGCUUCGACAACACCUACCAGGCAACGAUCGGUAUAGACUUCCUGUCAAAAACCAUGUAUCUAGAAGACCGAACAGUGAGAUUACAACUGUGGGACACUGCCGGACAGGAACGAUUCCGAUCGCUGAUACCCUCGUACAUUCGGGAUUCGACCGUAGCCGUAGUAGUGUACGAUAUUACAAAUGCAAACUCAUUCCAUCAAACAUCGAAAUGGAUCGACGACGUCCGGACGGAGCGCGGCAGUGACGUAAUCAUAAUGCUGGUAGGCAACAAAACUGACCUCUCGGACAAGCGCCAGGUUUCGACGGAGGAAGGCGAACGGAAAGCGAAAGAAUUGAACGUGAUGUUCAUCGAGACCAGUGCGAAAGCGGGUUACAACGUGAAACAGCUUUUCCGAAGAGUUGCUGCAGCACUGCCCGGCAUGGAUUCAACUGAGAAUAAGCCACCAGAAGACACCGUCGAUCUACAAACCCAACCGUCAAAUUCCGGUGACCAGCAGGACUCGGAGGGCGGCUGCAUGUGUUAAAAUUUGGACAAUGAACCACUUGCAGUUUGGCUUCCUUCGUGACAGCAAGCAAAAUCAUCCUACGAAAACGCAAACCGAUAGCAAGCUGCUGUUUUGCUUCGUUAUUUAUUUUCUUUUGUAAUGAGUCCUCGUGGCUAAGUUUAAGCAAAAAUAAGAAUAACUAAUUGAUAGAAACGGCAGGAUAAAAAAAUCAAAACAAAGUAACGACUUUUUGCGCAAAACGGCGACAAAACGGAAGAGAUCAAUUAAAUGAAAAAGGGAAGGAAAAAAACACUAGGAUUUAACAAUUUAGCUAUGCAGUAACCAAAGCGAUGUUUCAUCUCAAAACAAAAACUCAAGCACAAACAGUUUUAAACAAUACAAACAACAUUGAAGAAGCGCAACCAGUGCAGGAUCUUUGAAAGUAUGCUACAUAUUAGUGCUAGUUUAGAAUGAAAUGCUAACAAUUAAUGACAAAUGCAUGACUAUAUUUCCCUUUUUAUACCCGACCAAGACUGUUCAAAAUGGUCUAGCGAGCGAACACUAGUUGUAAAAUGUUUGUUUGAAACACUCGGCACCCGCCAAACGAGAGACAAAACAACAAAAAACGAAACCCAAUUUCGAGUGCAUCGAAGUCGAUCUAAAACAACACUAGUAAGAUUCAUCAUUCCCACCCGAAAAAAAAUAAACCGUACUCGUGAAACGUUACCCCGGAUCCAGAUAAGAAUUACAAAGUGCAUGCUUACAUCAAUCACGUUGUGUUGUGUUGUGUACUAUGAAACCUCAAUCACCCAAAAUUUCCAACAUUAUUGCUUCCGUCGCGUUGCUCUGUUGCGUUUGUAUAGGGAAUGGGUGUUUCCCUUGUGCACGACCCUAUCUAGUACUGUAAUACAAAUAAUUAAUUGGCUAGGCAGUGUUGCUCAGCGAAUAAAAAUAAAUUGAAAUAAUAGAUUUCCGGGUAAAACAUACGGAUUUGCUUCGAGUAAAUGCUAAUGAUCAGGUGGGCGGUGAAUGCUGUGUGAUGCCAAAGCUAAAAGGAAGCAGCUUUUAAAGUGAAAGGAACAUGAAGAAGCUAGUUAAUUGUAUGGGCUAGAGACGACUACAGCGAAAAAUAGUGAUUAUGAAUACCUAAUCGUGAUUCACGUUAUAAAUUGAACAUUCUUCUGAUAUUUUGACAAAACUAACUAGUAGUGUUAACCAGCUAAAUUCACUGCAUAGAUUAUAUUUUCAACAAAUUGCACAAGCUGAUUUCACAAUGGUUAAUAGAAAUUGACAUUGUGAGUGAAUGGAGAACAGUGAGCCUAGUUCUGUACGGUAUGCAAACUAUGCUCGAUGGAUUAUCCAAGUCAGUCUUAGAUCAUAUAGAUUGGAAGUAACAUCAGAUGUUACUUCAAGCUGUUCUCAGCUGCUAUUCGACAGUUUUCAUGUCGCCACCUGCGUUACUGCUUGGUAAGGCCAAACUGGUGUCGAAAACGGGUCAAUAAAGAUUGUCUUUAUGGUCACAUCAAUACUGAAGAAUUGGACAAAUUAGAUGAUACAUCAUACACUCUUUGAGGCAAACAUGCGCUGAAUAGUAUGUAUGUACCGGGUGAAACCUCCGUUCUUCUCGCCGGUCUAUCUAAUCUCCUUACUUCGUGUCGUACUGUCGUCGAAUCCGAUGAUUACCCGUUUACCGAAUAACUGUCAUUUGCUAUCCUCCCUGUGACUGAUAGUUCUCCACAACCUUUACGUUACCAGUAAUGUUACAUCCCUUUUUUAUGAAACAUGUUCUGUGUCACCUCGCUUUAAUGUAUGUUCUUCACGUCUGCUCUGUGUUUAUGGUAUUCCUUCUUCGUCAUGUCUCUAUCCCGAGCCUUCUCCCAUUGAAAACUGCAUGGUGUAUGAAUUUAUGGAAUACGUGUUCUUAUCUCGCGCCCUAACAUCAUCUGUGCUGGCGAUACCCCCGUUGUUUCUUGAGGCGCGGGGUGGUACAUUCUUAAAUAUUCGUAGAGAUCAACUUGCCAAUCAGUACCUUCAAUAUCACUAAUUUUAAGCCUCUUACCAAUAUUACGCAUCUGGCGAUCAACUGCACCGUUCUGUUCGGGCCAGUAAGUUGUUGGCAAAUUCAGGUGACUGCCGCAAGAAAUACAGAAAUGCAAAAAUUCAUCUGCUCUAAAUUGUGGCCCAGGAAUACCCAGAACACUAAACAUUCGUAGUAAUACUGCUAUUACCCGCUGAGCCGUAACCGGUUCCAUAGGUUCCACCUGAAUAAACCGCGUCAUGUAACAUACUACCAUAAACAAUGACAGACUGCCUACCAACCCUUCCUUGAAAUCAAGGGCAACGUUUUGCCAGGGCUUUGAUGAAAUACGACGUAGUAUGGAAUUUGGACUGUCAGGGAUCGCUGUCAUUUUACAGGGUUUACAUCCGCAUACCGUAGCCUAUACAGUUUUAUCCAUCAACGGAAACCACACUUUUGCUGUUGGUAGUGCCUUCAAAGCGGUGCAUCCUUGAUGACCAGAAUAAGCGAGUUGUACGACUUUACCUCGUAGCUGUUUCGGAAUCACGAUGCGGUCUCCCCGUAAUAUAAUUUCAACACACGUGGUCAGGUCAUCUUUUAUAGUUGCCGUCUUAACCGCUUCCCAAUCUCCGAAGAAUAUCGCUUCCUUAACGGCUUGAAGUUCAGCGUCUCGUAUUGUUUUUGUUUCAAUCUCUUCAAUAGUAAGUACAGCUGGUAUCAUUUCAUUCGUAAGCCAAGCGACCAUGUUUGCAUCAUAGGUCGCUUGUAGUCAAUCUUGGGACAUCCUUGACAAGGAAUCAGUUAUGUUUUUUCUACCCGGUUCGUAUCGAAGUACGAAAUCAAAACUUUGCAGUCUCGGCAUCCACUGCUCUAUACAAACUGAUGGCUUUGACUGUAUUCUGUUGAAUAGAUACUCGAGAGGCUUACAGUCAGUAAUUACCGUGAUGUGAAUACCAUACAGAUACACGAAAAGUCUUUACAUUGCUCAUAUUAUUGCUAAGCACUCUUUUUCGGUUUGGCAAUUUUUUGUGUGCUACCAAACUUCUGGAGACGCAAGAAAUAGUUCUUUAUACUCUAUUCUUAAUUUGUAUCAAAAUAGCUCCAAGCCCAUAUGGACUGGCAUCUGGUACAAGUUGGGUAUUAUCAGCCGGGUCAAAAUAUCCUAAUGACUCAACUUUCUCUAAGAUUGACAUUUCUUUUCUAGUUCUAUCUGGUGGCUCUCGGUCCACCUGAAAAUAUUGCCUUUGAUGAGUAACUGUCUCAUGUGGAACGUCAUUGCAGAGAUUUGAGACAAAUCUUCCAACGAAGUUGAUAAGUCUUAGCGAAGAUCUUACUUCAGUGAUCGACGAUGGAGCAUGCAAGCCCAGAUUUGCUUUUACCCUUUUGUCCGUGGGACGAAUUCCCUCGUUUCUCACAAAACACGACUUCUGCUGCAGAACAAACCAACUUCUGUUCAUUGAUCCACAUAUUUUUAUUUUUCAAGAUUUGUAAAACUAGUGUAACUGCUCUAGUGUAGUGUAGUACGCUUCUUCUGUUGCGCCAUGGACUAAUAUAUCGUUCAUGUACACUAUAAUACAUUUCAUCCCCCUGAACAGAUUCUUCAUCUCUCUUUGGAACAGUUCCGGUAAGGACUUGAUGCCGAACAUCAACCUGCGGAACCUAUAGACCCCACUUCGCGCUACAAAAGUGGUUAUAUUUCGGCUGUUUGCCUUUAAUUUGAAGUGAUAGUAUGCUGCCUCUAGAUCAAUCUUCGCUACUUUUGCCGCCUUCCUAAUGAAUGUCAAUGCUGCGUCGGUGUUGGGCAUAGGAUAAUCUCGCGCUUGCCCAGGCAGCACGCAUGUCGACGCACCAUCAAACAGAUACCAAGGGUUAUACCCAGGUCCAUCAGCAUGCUCUAAAAUGUUUUUCUUUAAUAAAUCUUGGAUUGCUUCUUCGACGUCCGCUUCCAUGGCCACAGAUAGGCGUCGGGCCACUUGCACAACUGGUGGAAUUAUUUCAUUUAUUUGUAUAUACAAAGCCACGUUUGGAUCCUUGGGAAACGCCUCCGGGACUUCCACCGAACCUGAUGUUUGAUGAAUUUUGUAUCCAAUUCUCUAUACUCCCAAAGCGUGUACUUUUACUCAGGAUAUUUGUUUGCCAAUCCGGUGCUACCAAUACGUGUGCUCACACUCAUGACUCAUCACCGGGUAUUUUGAUUUCUGUUCCAAAUGCGUCACUGAAAACUAUUUUCCGAUCCGAGGCAAAAGCUGUCACACUCGUUUGGUCGUCUCGAGAACUACGUUCAUUUAAGAUACUCGCUCCUUGUCGUUUCAACCGUUUCAACCAUGCGUAAUUUUUGCUAUUAAUAAUGUUGGCUGGAGAUCCCGAAUCCACCAAUAUGUUCAUGAUCACUCCGCCAAUUUUCAACUUUAACACUUUGUUCAAUUGUUUCUUAUCAGAUAGUGUAAAGACCCCUUUCGUGAUUGCUUUUUCCUCGAGAAUGGAAUGCACGGAGGCACGUUUCCACGACAGUCCCGGUCGUUACUCGGAGUCUUCUCGUUGCCGUCGAUGGUAGCACGCUUUAAAGGCAAUUCCCACAGCUGUGACAUGUUGCAUUCUUAGCUACACACCUAUGUCCUCUUAGCCGAUUGCAAUUGGGGCAUCUCUACUAUGCGUUGUAUCACGGAUCUCUUAAAAUGUGAUGAAGCUGAGCUUUCAGAUUUUUUUUUGUUAGGGAAAACGACCACUAUUCAGGUUAUAUUUUGUGGGGUUGCACCUGUUUGCUCUAUAUGUUACAAAUUGCCCGAAUUCAAUGUAGUUAAAAAGUGAUGGUACUAGCAACAGACAGUCCAUUACGGGUAUUUUCCAACUUUACCGCUUCUGAGAUAGGAACAUGAUGAUAGAAUGAGGAGGUAACUCGGUUUUUUUUUCUUUCACGCUCAUGCGCCGGGGUCGUAUGGAUGUAGUUCGCCCAUAGUUUCCAUGCACUCGAAUGGCCGGUGAAGUGACUGCCAUGCAGCUCUCGAAGUUCAUCAGCUAACUGAGAGAGAUAGAUUGGUGGGUGCACCCGCUCUGUUGGUUUGCUGGAAUUUCACUGUUUGUCGACCAAGUCCCACAGCUGCUUACACGAAACAGAUGUAGAGUAAAUGUGCACAUGUACUCGUAUGUCCUUGUCGCGCCAGCUGAUCAGAAGCUUGCUAUUGAUUUUUUCGAUGCUGAUGCCUCUUCGAUUUUGGUGAUUCGGCAUAUAAACAAAUUUACCCAUAUCAUCAAAUGACGGUUCACUGCCGGACCAAGUCGGAGUGUGAUUCCCGUUAUUCUCUACAAAGAUCACUUCUCGAUAUAUCAUUGGCUUAACAAUCGUCCACACUCCCUGUAAAAUUCCGUCUACAGAAUCAGCGGAUAGCAUUUCCGAUGCUACGAGGCUACCGGAUGUUUCACCAACAAAGCGACGUUUGAAAAAAGAGGCACACAAAUACAAGUUGUUUUUACGAUUUGCAUCAUUCAUGAUAUUUUGUAUCGGCUCAUCGUGCACAUCCUAUUCGAUGGAAUAAUCGCGGGUUCCGUCAUCAUACACCGAAGGUGUGUCCAAGAGAUAAGCAGCAUCAUCUAAAGCUUCAAUUGAAUCGAUAUAUUCUAUAUAAUUUUGAGUCACUUGAUGCAUUGAGUCUCCCGGAAUAUUGACGAAACCGCUUUCUUCGUUCGCGUCCAUUCUGAAACAUUCUGAAAAAAAAGCCGACAAUCCUCAUAAGAAAAAAAGUAUUUACAUUGAAUAUUAAUAUUAUAAAAUUACCAGUUAACAAUCCAAGUAACAAAUAACUAAUAAUCUAAAUUCUUUAAUACGCCCGGAAAUCUCGUUUGUUUUUGCUGAGGAAACAUUUAUUUGUUUUUGUUAUUUUUUCUUCUUUUUCUACCUGACAUUUGAGCACGGCUGCCAGUUACAUGGUUUUUUGAAUACAUUUGAUAGAAAAAGUUUAUUUUUUGUCGAUUUCAUCAAAAAUGAUUUGGUGUUUGCACAUAAAAAAGUGUGAUAGCGAAGUGCAUAAGAAAUCCAACUUUCAAAGCAACAAACAAUAUUGUAAAAACCCUACAGUGUUACGCAGAACACAGAGCCUUCAUAGCAUACUUUUCUGACCUUUACAAAGAAUCACUCCCAUGGAUACAGGCAGCAUCACUGGUUUUGAGUCCCAUCGUCGUAUGCCGGUUCACCUGAUACUAAUCUUACAACUAGUAUCUUCGACAUUUGCACGUACCAUCUGCUAAAUAAAGAUGGAUCUUCGGAUCUUCAAAGCAGUUCACGCACACUUUAUGACGGGUCACAUAGCUAAAAAUUAUAUAAUUCAAUUAAUUAAACGUAAUUACUCACAUUUCAUUAACCUAACUUUUCCACUACAAAUUUAUGUAAUAUUCAAGCAUGAUUUUUGAAAACAGCGAAACUCGCACUUCACCCAAACAGAGAAAACGGCGAUGACAUUUUCGAAAUUUUGUUUUAAAUGUUAUUUAAAAACCAUACCGAUUUUUACACCAAUUAUUCAUCCAAAAUGCUCACCAAAGACGCCUUUCCAUUGAAUGGAACGAACAUUCGCGAUCAAGACAUUUAAAAGAGCGGAUUGAAGAAAAAUUAAAGUUACGAUGUUAUUUGUAUCACGCUCACAGUUUCGUCGUUUUACUUUCGUUGGUUUGGUAUCUUUGUUGCACUUACGUUAUUUCAGUUUCGUCAAUUGUGGUGACUAAUCUUAUCAUUUUUUAAUCAAUUCUAUAACAACUGUUCCGCCGAGGCAGUAUGCCGAUGAGGACAACCAACAUUUGUAAUUUGUCACUUUUGAGCAGUGUGUUGAAGACAAAUAAAGGUUACGUUAUUCUGAGCAUCACUCUUACACUUUCGACAUUUUUCAAUUAGUCGAUUUUAGUGUCUCAUUUUUGCUCGCUUUGUCACAAGUAUUUAGAUUUGAUCUACUGUAGGAUAGAUUUAGAUAAUCAAAAAUAAAAAUGUGCUGAAAGUGCAUUAGUGGUGCUUAGAAUAACAUUACUUGCAUUUUUUUCUCUAAAAUAUUAGCUAGGAUUAAGGAACUGCGUGCUCUUGUUCCCCUUAUAGAAACAUUACCUAUAUUGAGCAUUUUAGUAGAAAGAUUGUAGUAUAUUUUAAUGAUUUAGUUACAAAAACCGAUUAAAUUAAAAUAACGUAAGUGUUACAGCAGUACCAAAACUAACGUAACUAACAUGACGAAACUGUAUUUAUGCACUGUUGACGUGUCAGUUGUUUGUUCGUCAUUAUUUCGAUUGCGCAUUUUUCAGCUGCAUUACCGUAUAAUGAAACGAAUGUUUGUCAGCAUGUACAUUAAGAUGCGUAGAAUGCGGGGGAGUGAUAAUGUCAGUUUGUUUACAUUUGUUAGUUACGGUGUUUUCAAAAAUCAUGCUUGAUAUGGUUUAAAUUCUGUCUAAAUAUUCAGCAUUAUUUAUAUUGUAUGAUAAUUUGAUCAAAGAAUACUUACAGCUUCAAUGUAAUAAUUUAUUUUUAAGAUGUUUAAUAUUGAUGCAUUGAUUGCUCGAUAUUGCUCUAAGCACACAAACCUGUUUUUUGCUCAAGCACCUUUAUUCCUUUAUUUUUACCUUUCCUCAUGAUUCUACCUAUCGUGCUAUCCUGACAUCCGAGUUGACGUUCACAUUCCUGGAGAUUUAUUAAUUUGACCCUCACGUCAUCGGGGAGCUAUUCAUUGGUCGGUGGGUCUGCUGCAGGACUGGUGCGACAUUCCGUAACUUUCCCCGACCCGUAAAUCAGGUUCGCUGUUUCCGAGCCAGUUUUGUCAGUCUCUAAAUCGAGUCGCGCCAAUUCUACUCGCUGCUUGCAGAACUGCUUGUUUAGCUUGACCACCCGGUCCCGAAACAACUUCCAGAAUGCGUCCUCUCCUCCAACAAUUCCUUGUGGCUUCGUCGACAAUGAUGACCGAACCACCUUCGAUUGGUCGACUAAUGAACGACUUAUGUUCCAACUGAUUCGUAGAGAUAGGUUCCCAUUUGCCAGCGUUUUUAGCGAUUGUGUAACUCCAUUCGAGUUUAGCAAGAGGAAGUGGUUUUGUGGUCAAAGCGGUCGGGAAUGUAUUAUGCUUUCGGCUUCUGUAAUGACCAUGACGAAAGCUGCGUCUGUAUUUCUGUCAGUAGGGCCGUUUUAACGAACCUCUCCAGGAUCAUGGCCUUCCAAUGGUGGAGGCGCUUGGCGGUUUGAAAAAGCACUUCGUGCUAGUGUUCGUGAAAGUUUCGGCAAGCUGUAUCUGGGCGACGGCAAGUUCGCGUUGCACAUCGUUGCUGGCUCCUACAAAGUUGGUACCGUUGUCACUGUAGAUUUCCAACGUCGAACCUCUUCUUGACACAAAGCGACGGCUAGCCAGAGUUUACGCGAUUCAGUGCUCAGCAUAAGCAUUACUUCUAGGUGGAUGGCACGAACUGUGAGACAAGUAAAUACGGCCACCACCCUUUUAACACAGCUUCUUCGUAUCCUCACUAAAAUUGGUCCGAAGUAGUUCACUCCUACCUAAGAGAAAGGUAGUACGAACGAUCUUAAUCUCGCCAUUGGCAGCGAAGCCAUUUGAGAAAUUACUGGAACUGUUUUCUUAAUUCUGCAGUGCAGGCAUGCUUUCACUUGAUGACGUACUAUGGGGCGAAGACCAGAUAUGUGAGCCGCAUUUCAUUCACCGCUGUUUCACUAAUUCCGUAGAAUUGAAUAAACAAUGGCGGAAUUCCGGGAAUAAAAUAACCAAUAGCGACUAUGAAAACUUACACGAGAAUGCACCAACCUCACCUGUUGGGCUAACAUGAUUGCUUCCUCUACACUAUCGACGCUGUCGAGAUAGUCGUCGAUGGCCGAAGUUGUACCGAAUCCACUCAGGGUAUCCAAUUUAUUCGAUCUCGGAACAGCCGUUUGGCGAACUUAUUGCAGCAAUGUAUAUAUGAGUAUCUCUGGUCGAUCGUAUAAGGUUUGUAGAAUUCCCAAGACGUACGGCACUGCCACCGGCAAAAGGAGACGGCUUUCGACAGCCUCUAAUGCGCAACCCUUUAAACUGCGCUGCAAACGUAUCAUGUUUUCCGCCUGAGUAUACCUACAUGCUUGCGUGGAGCUAUGAAAUGAGCUGAAGAGAGGCCACUCAGGAUUCCCGGAAAAUAUCGGUAACUCUCAUGUUCCUGAACCCGCCAUCAGUAUAGGUGAUGGAUGCAAAGGAUGCGGAUCAGGCCCAUCUGCCAAGAGAGUGCCGUUCUGCAGUACUCAUUUCUUGAACGACGCCGUCGAAUUGAUUCAAGAAUAUAUCACGAGGCACCGGCACAGGAUUGUGGUCAAUUCCGAGCUGACCGUUGUAAGUAGCGGGUUGCCCACUACUCGGGUUCUUGUUUAUCCGGCGGACCCUUCUUGUCAGGGUGGCCUAGGUGCUUCUAUCAGAAUUUCGGAUUACAAAUUGUGUUACAAAUAACACAACAAAGGUAAACAAACAAAUUAAUUAAUAGAUUUACCGACUUUCCCUUCACUGCUCUAUGCGCUGAUACUUCAUCUGCUGCUGCUGGCGACGAGCGGUAUCUUGCGACCGAUCCGGUCAACAACGGCCGCGUUCUCUUUCGGUCGUAUCUUCGUUGGCUGCUCCGGCAGCGGUCCUUGUCUUGUAGCUAGGGAGGUGGUGAUAAAUCGCCGGAUCGUCUACUCGCCGUAAACGAUCCUGGAAGUCACCGCAGUGAUCUUCCCAGCGGGAACCUUUGUCCGCCCUGCUUUGUUCUCCUUGGCGAUUAACUGUGGAGGAGCUUGGCUCGUUCGUCUGAUACUCCACAGUGAGAACGGUCGGUGUUAAUUAGCCGGAGUAGCAAAAGAAUCCUUUGUUACUAUAAAAAUCCUACUUACUAUAAAAGAAUCCUUUGCAAUUAGCUAACGCCUUUUGGCGAACCGACACCGCACUAUACACUGUGCCCGAACCACGUAUCGGUAAUCUCGACGUGUAAUUUUAUUGUCGUACUCGCUACCCUGGCUUUCGUAGCGGGAAACUGUCCCGAAAAGAGACAACACUUAUUUGUUUGAUGCCAUGGUCCGCUACUUUCUACCAUGGCCGCUUUCCGCACUCGACUAAAACAACCAACACCAAAAAAACGCACCGCCGCAUAGCUUUCAUCACCCAUGCGCAGCAUAGUCAGUACACUUAUUUCAACGAAAAAAGAGCGGAGACCUGCCUAAAUCCUAUGUUAUUUAUUUGCAAUUAUUUAAAAAAAUACCACCUAUCUGAACUAACGUAAUCGUUCACUAAUAAAACAAAACUACGUAGAAGGUGAACGAAUAUGGAACAGUGGUGAGCAUUAUGUUCCAAAGAAAACACACUCUACGGAGUGUUCCCUCAAAACAGGUAUAUUUCCACCCAGUGCUAAAUUGUUACCCUAACGGGUUACACCGUGAGUCGUAGUUCCCUGCUGACCAACAAUUGUCGCCAAUGACUGAUUCAUUUAAGAAAAUACCUGCCAACGUUAAAGCUCGCUGAAGGGAGCUGGGAUCGGGAUUACCGGAUAGUGUUCUAUCCUCUUCUACAGAGCCUAGUUCGCAAGUCGCUUGCAUGGAGGUCGCGGAACAUUGCUUGGUCGCAUUUGCUGUUAUUACCAGAAUUUGCGUCGUUGUACUGGCCACACGAACCUGCUGCUCUUGACCUCUCUGAUCUUGGACUUUGCUGAAGCCGCUGAUGGAAUUUGACACUUACUUCAUCUCUCUCUUCUGCCAGUUGCUCCUCCAAUAGACGAAAUUCAUCAUCUUCAAAAAUCUCGUCCAACUGAAGUUGCUUCCGUUCUAUUUCAGAUUCCUUCUGAAUCUUUUCCAACUGGUGUUUCCUUUCUUGAUCUCUUUUCUCCAAUUCCAACUGCUUUUAGGCGAGCGCCUUGUGAGCCGCCAGUCGUUGUAUCCAUAAAUGAGUUUCUAUCAAGUGAAAGGAGUGUAAGAUGCGCGUCUUCAGCAAAGUUGCUCGAACAACUUUGCUGAAGGCGACAAAAUUUGUGAAAUUAAAUUCCACAGUCGCUUCAAAGAUAAUUUGAAGAAUUAUCUCAACUUAAUUUUAAGUGUUCAGGGUCGCACCUAAAAUUGGCCUGCGUUAAGCCAAAGAGGACCAAGUGCCAUUUUUAGGGUCCCUGCCUAAAAAUCGCUGUCGCAUCCAAUUAGCACUAGAAACACCUGCAUCAAUUUUUUUUUUUGAAAUCUCAAAUAGUAAUCGAUAUAAAAUAACUAUUCAUAUAUUUUCUAUGAUAGUGGUAAAUCAUCGAAAAAUAAAUUUUGGCAUAAACAUACCAGAAAAAAACUAUGGCGCUCAGCUCGGUUUGGCUUAACGCAAGUCAAUUGUGAGUCGAUUACGUGAUCGACAUUUCUUUUUUUCAAAAUCUCAUGCUCAAUCAUUUUAAGCCUCAAUUCACAAUAAAAUAAAUUAAUAACUCACUGCCACACAAGAAACAAAAAAUCAACCCAAUAGGUAUUCAUAAUCACACCUGGACGUCUCGCUGCAACCAAUGCUAAUGUGCUUUUUGUGAUGAAAUUUGAAACUUAUUUAGCUGUUAGUAGGAGCAGUUUGAAAAUAAACACCCACGAUUUGAAGUAUAGUUGAAGGCUAACGAUAGACGGAAGUUCAACACACUUAACAUUAACAAUACAAAAAUCAAUCACUGCGCUACGUCAGAUUAAAAAUCGUACAUACUAGCAAACAAACAGGAUGGAAGAAUUACAACAGUAAUUACACUAAAUUAAUAAAAAGAAAAAGUAUAGGAAAAAUAUGAAAAUUUUAAUUAUAAAACUUACCGCUAAAAUAUGACAAUUAUUACUAAACAAGGGAAACCCCCUUUCAUUCAUUCAUCAAAUCAGAAAAUCGACAGGCAUUCUAUUAUUAUUAUUAUUAGGAAAGAAAGUGGAGAAGUUAGGUCGCUCUAAUCCGACUGAGAUCCGAUUAAGGCAGGGAAUUUUGGAGAAGUCGAACAUCUUCACAUUAGUCGCUUUUCAUAGUUAAAAUAAAAAUGAAAAUU